CUACGGUGUGACAGCUCCUCCAAUAGGAUAGCCGCGUUGAAUGGCGCAAAAUGUGUUGUAGAGUGGCAGUGAAUUCUCCAGGCGAUUUAAGUUAAUAAUUGUGGUUAUAUACAAGCCACGACUAUUUUGUUUGGCUGGUCUUUGUUGUCUCUUGUCACGGUUAGCUUUAGUCCCGAAUGUCCAGUGACAUUAAACUGGACUGAGUGUGCAACUAGCUACCUAGCUAGCGGUAGUCAACUCUUAGAAACAAUGUCCAUUCUUCCUCAGAAUAAUUUGAAGGAGCAGCUGGCGAGACACAGCAAUUCUGCACAAAGUAGGCUGUCGCUGGCUAAACCUAAAACGGGGGCAUUUUGUUUUAAAAAGAAGUCUACCUCCGGCACAGACAGGGUGGAAAUCCCAACCAAGGUAACCAGCCCAAAUGUUUUGGCAAACAGGAAUGUUAAUGUCCCUAAGAACGGUUUGGUAACUAAACCCGUUGUGACGUUUUCAAACAAGCCCGAGAGAACUCAAAAAUCCAAAAUCAACAACUUCUUCUCUGUAAGUCCCAAGCUGGACAUCACCUCGGACGGUGUCAGUGCUCCAGCUACCCAGGUUCAGUCUGUAUCUCCACCAAACAACAACAAGCAGGUUCUCAGCAGCAACAAUGACAGCACCUCCAAACUCUUGGAUGCAUCGCUUGGGUUCCAGAUGGACGACUGGUAUGAUCUGGAUGACUUUGAAACUCCCACCAAAGCAAAGAAUGACUCAUUCAGUGACGGAAUUACCAACACAGCAAGGAGCACUGGGACAGUUUUAGUUGAAGACGAAACUCAAUCCACAAGGGGGCAGUCUUGUCUAGAAGCAGAUAAUACUCAAGUUACACCUGUUCCAAGUCCUCUUCCAGCAGUGUGUGAAGUGGAUGAUUCUCCAGUGAACAUAUCCAGAAGGCGUCAUCCGCUUUAUCUAAAAUGUGUUGUUAGUGACAGUGAAGAGGACGAUGAUGUCCCUGAGCCGUUUGAAAAACAAGAAAAAGAGGAGCCAGCCUCUAAUAAAAAAUGUACUGACUCAAAGUCAAUACAGAUUGAUGACAACUCGGAGCCUGAAGAUCAGUUUGAAUACAUAGCACCAUCUCCAGUGCGACCUGAGCGCUCUUACAACAAAUCCCCUGUGGACUCCAUAUCCAAGCCGUCCUUCAAUGCUGGAAGUAGCAACAGUCCUUUGCAUUGUAAAUCCUCCAGUGUGACCCUUCAUGAAGCCCCUGACCAACACUGUAGAGACAAGACAAAUGAUGAGCUGUUUAGUAUCAUGGAGUCAAUUUGUGCUAUGGUGGAUUCCAUCCCUGAACAUGAGCUCAUCGCACUGUCUUGUGGCAAUGAGCUUCUGCUGAGGAGAGCUCAAAGGAAGAGGAUUCUUGUUACCGGUGCUGUUGCCUUCCCGAGGACGCAACAGCCUGACAGCACUGUGAUUUCUGAUCCUGGCUUGAAAGAUAAAUCUUCCUCCUCCAGUGCAUCCUGCAGCUUUUUGUCAGCCCAGUCAAAGAGGGCUCCUCAGAUCAGGAGAUCGCCUGUCAUCUCCCCGGACUGUGACUCUGAUCACUCUGACAGUGUUAUCACAGUAAAGCCAUCGGUUAGCCAGAAAUCAGUCGUGGAAAUUGACAGUUUCUGUGAUUCUCUAUCAAGCUCCAGCUUCACAAAAGCAUCUCAGAAUAUCCCAAGUAUCAAAAAGACAAAUGUGGACCUAGAUUGUGAGGAUCUUUUCUUCACGCCCAAGAAGAAAAUGGAGACUACUGUACAGAUUAAAUCCAAUCCACAGGAACACAUGGAGCCUGAUGACUUUUACAUUGAUGACUUUGACAUCGACGACUUGAAUGACUCGGAUAUUCCUGAUUACUUUGAUAAACCACAAAGUUCCUCGGAGCCGCUGAACAGCUUCAGCACUGCACAGACAGUCGAGAAGAAAGGUGGGCAGAGCAAGGCCUCAUGGGAGAACAAACUUGCAACGCCUGCUCCUGUUUCCAAAUCUGCAAAAAUAUGCUCUCCUGAACCCACCUUCCGAAACCCUGCACAUGAUCGUUUCCGAGGUUUCAACUUCUCCCACACCCAGGAAAUGAUGAAGAUUUUUCAUAAGCGCUUCGGUCUCCAUCAGUUCAGGUUCAACCAACUAGAAGCCAUCAACGCCGCACUCCUUGGGGAAGACGAGUUUGUACUGAUGCCUACAGGUGGGGGUAAAAGUCUGUGCUACCAGUUGCCUGCCUGCCUGUCGCCAGGAGUCACUGUGGUCAUCUCACCACUCAAAUCUCUCAUUGUGGAUCAGGUCCAGAAACUCACUACUCUGGAUAUCCCAGCGACGAGCUUGUCGGGUGAUAAAAGUGACAGUGAAGCUGGCAAGAUCUACAUGCAGCUCUCCAGGAAAGAACCCAUCAUUAAACUCCUCUACGUCACACCUGAGAAGGUCAGUGCCAGCAACAAACUGAUUUCUGCCCUGCAGAACCUGUACGAGCGAGGCCUUCUGGCACGCUUCGUCAUCGAUGAAGCUCACUGCGUCAGUCAGUGGGGUCAUGAUUUCCGUCCAGACUACAAGAGGUUGAACGAACUCCGUCAGAAGUUCCCCAAAGUUCCUAUGAUGGCCUUGACCGCCACUGCCACGCCCCGCGUUCAAAAGGACAUCUUGAACCAGCUCAACAUGACUCGCCCUCAGGUCUUCACCAUGAGCUUUAACAGAGCAAACCUCAAGUACUCUGUGUUGCCCAAGAAACCCAAAAAGGUGGAUGAGGACUGCAUCAAUUGGAUCAAGAAGCACUACCCACGUGAUUCGGGCAUUGUGUACUGCCUAUCCCGUAAUGACUGCGACGCCAUGGCUGAGAGUCUGCAGCGAGCCGGGCUGUUAGCGCUGUCCUAUCACGCAGGCCUGAGAGAUGGUGACAGAGAAUACGUGCAGAGCAAGUGGAUCAACCAAGACGGCUGCCAGGUCAUCUGUGCUACAAUCGCUUUUGGCAUGGGCAUUGACAAGCCUGACGUGCGUUACGUGAUCCACGCCAGUCUUCCUAAAUCAGUGGAGGGCUACUAUCAAGAGUCUGGAAGGGCCGGCAGGGACGGAGACAUCUCUCACUGCAUUCUCUUCUACACUUAUGCCGACGUGCACCGCAUCAAGAGGAUGCUCACCAUGGACAAAGAAGGUGACAGAAACACAAAGACCACACACUUCAACAACCUGCACAGCAUGGUGCAUUUCUGUGAGAACAUAAUGGAGUGCAGACGGACUCAGUUGCUGGCCUACUUUGGAGAGAUGAAAUUUAACGGAAGCUUCUGUAAAGACCACCCUGAUGUCAGCUGUGACAACUGCACAAGGCCCAAUCAAUACAAGAUGAGGGACGUCACGGAGGAGGUGAAGAGGAUUGUGAGGUUCGUACAGGAGAAUUGUGAGAAAGUGGGAGCCAGGUUUGGCCGGACACCUCAACAGAACCGACUGACACUCAACAUGCUGGUAGACAUUUUCGUAGGUUCGAAAUCUGCAAAAAUCCAGACGGGCAUGUUUGGAAUGGGAGGAUCUUAUUCCAAGCACAAUGCGGACCGCCUGUUUAAAAAGCUAGUGCUGGAGAAUUACCUGAUGGAGGACCUUUACAUCACCAACAAUGGCCAAGCGGUGGCUUAUGUCUCAGCUGGACCCAAAGCUUCAAACGUCCUGUCUGGUCAUGUGCAGGUGGACUUCUAUGAGACGGAGAGUGCCUCCAGUGCCAGGAAGAACAAAGCCACAGUAGCCAAGAACGUCUCUCAGAGAGACCAGAUGGUUCAGGAGUGUCUCAAGGAGCUGACAGACCUGUGCAAGCAUCUGGGGAAAGCCUUUGGAAUUCACUACUUCAACAUCUUCUCCACUGCCACCUUGAAAAAGAUCUCUGAGAGGCUGUCCUCCAACCCCGAAGUCCUCCUGCAAAUUGAUGGUGUGACUGAGGACAAACUGGACAAGUACGGUGCCGAGGUGAUCCAGGUCUUGGAGAAGUACUCCCAGUGGGAGGUUCCUGCAGAACAGCAGCCUGAAGAUGAAGGCUGGAUCGACACAACACGAGGCCGCUCUGCUGUCGACUACGAGGAUGAAGAGGACGGAGACUCCUCCACCUACUUCCGAAACCAGAGUGCACAGGGCCAGAAGAGGAAGAAAACCCCUUUUUUCAAGUACUCCAAGAAGAGAAAAGGAUAUGGAGGCUCAAACUACAACUCUAAAGGUCGAGGCUCUACCAACAAUAAGACAUGGUCCUCCUCCUCCUCCAGAGGGGGAACCAAAGCUUGCCCUCAAUCCACUGGGCGGGGGUCCAGAGGUGCUUCAGGUGACUCGUCAUCAGGCAGGAGGCCUGGCUUCUUGGCGGCACCGACCCCUCAAAACAGCCAGCGACCGUUCUUAAAGCCGGCCUUUUCGCACAUAGGCUAGGGCUCCACUUUUAUUUAUGUUGUUCAAACUGUGCAUUCCGUGGAUUUUAUAUGUUUGUUAUUAA